AUGACCUGCACCGAAGAAACGCAAGUGGCCAGGAUCAUAAAGCUGAAUGACGGUUCAAAAAUGCCAGUUUUGGGUCUGGGAACGUGGAAGCCCUCCCAUCUUCCCCACACAACUCUUCAGGGUGCAGUUGAAGCUGCCAUUGCUGCAGGCUACCGCCACAUUGACACGGCUGUUUUCUAUGACAAUGAAGUGGAGAUUGGCAAGGCUCUCCGCUCAAAAAUACAGCAGGGCAUCAUAAGACGCCAGGACAUGUUCAUCGUGAGUAAGUUGCUGUGUACCUGUGAUAAACCAGAAGGCAUCUCAUUAAGCCUCAAUAAAUCCCUGACCAACCUCCAGCUGGACUACCUGGAUCUAUACCUCAUACAUGAGCCUACUGGACUAAAGAAAAUGGAUGAGGAGCACUCCCCAAGGAAGGAUGGGCACUUUGAAACUUCAGAUAUGGACUAUGAGGGCGUAUGGAUGGAAAUGGAAGGACUGCAAGCUUCAGGGAAAGUAAGGAGCAUUGGUGUAUCCAACUUCAAUACUGAACAGCUAGAGAAGCUUCUGUCGUUUUGCAAAGUACCUCCUGCAGUCAAUCAGGUAGAGUUACAUCUCCACCAGGCGCAGCAUGAACUGACAGAGUUCUGUAAAUCCAGGGAUAUUGCCAUCACAGCUCACAACCCAUUUGGCUCACCUGCAAAAUCACCACCAGUAUACAGAGAAGAUAUGAAUUCGCAUAAUCUCCUAGAUGAGCAACUAAUUGCCAAUAUAGCCAGGAAAUACAAACGCAGCCCUUCGCAGGUGUUGCUGAGGUACUAUGUACAGCAGGGUAUUGCAGUCAUUCCCAGGAGUUAUAAGUCCCACCAUAUUCUUGAAAACACAAAGAUUUUUUACUUCAGUCUGAGCGAAGAAGACAUGACAGCACUCAGAGGGUUGAAAUGA